UUUGGGAUUGGGUGUGCAGACUCUGACAUUUUGUUGAGUCUCCCCAUUUUACGAGGGAUUUACCCGGGGAACCAACCACCGUGGAAAACCCCCUCAAAAAACCUACCGCGGCUGCGGAGGAGUGCCCCAUGCCCACAGCCGUAGGGGGGAUCGAGGAGGAGAUAGAAACCCUAACAGGUACCUACCCUAGCCUCCCGCCGCCACGGAAACCUGACCGGCACCUGGCGAAGUUGUGGAGCAUGGACGAGCUGGCUGGGGGAAUGUCAUUCCUGGAUGUGGCCCCCGAGAAACGCUGGGCUCUGACAACAGGGAGAGUCGAAUCCAUGCGGAGGGAAACCCUAGAGGAUUGCGUACAACUCCUGCAAUCUGAAAACACCCUAAUAAAGAGAGAGCUGAUGAGGAUGAGUGAAAUCGUUCGGCAUUCAGGUCUGUACCAGAGUCCCGAAAUAGAGGGGGAGGGUGAAGAAGAAGGGCUGGAGGAAUCGCUAUUAGCCCCCUCAACCACGCCCGCAACGGCAACCCCCGUAGCUCCGGCUGCACAGCGGCUUCCGGCCGUCCCAGUUGCGCCACCUGCGCCCGUCCCGGGGGUUCAACGAAGGGUCGCUCCAAUCCAAGCCCAGCAAGAUGCCCUCUUAAAGCGCUGGGGGUUGACCAAGAAGUUUAGCGGGGACCCAAGUGAAGUACCUAACUUCAUGGCUCAAAUCACCAUAUGCAUGGAGCAGACGGGGCAUUUAUUCGCAUCCGAUCGGGAGCGCGUGCUCUACAUCUGCAGAGCGUUUACCGGCAAAGCAGGGGAGUGGCUGAUCCAACUUCAAGCAGCCCAAGCGCCCGAACUAAACCACCUUGGUCGAUUCUUAACCGCUCUACGUAGAAGAUUUGAGGACCCUGGGGUAGUCACCAGAGCCCGGGCGCAACUAGGCAAGGUGCGGCAGGGAACCCGCAGCCUCGGCGAGUACGCCUUGGAAUUCCGCGGCAUUGCGGGGUUGCUCCCUGAUUGGCCAGAGCAGUUCAAAAUCACCUGCUUCCAGCAAGGGAUGCGCCGCGACCUGUGGAAGUUAGCGUUCGCCCGAGGAGACCCAAAUACCCUAGAUGGAUGGAUCCAACACGCUGGUAACAUUGAAGCCCAGUGGAAAGCGGUAGACCCAGAAUUCGAGCGGAAACCCGACACCCUGGCACCGGCACCCAGGAAGUUACCAUCAAAAGGAGGAGACGAGAGAUUUCCUAGAGCGGUCAAACGCGUUUGUUUCCACUGCGGUGAACCCGGCCACUUUGCGCCCUCCUGUCCUAAACCGCCGGCCGCAUGGGCGGCGGAGCCGAAAAAACCCACCGGAGCACCCCAAAAACCUGGUACCAAAGGCAAGAGAGGAACCGUUGCGGCAGGAACGGAGUCGCUGUUCCCAGACCUCGUCAUUUACGAAGAAGGAUCGGUCAGAAAGGAACAGGAGGCAACCGUUGAUUCCAACAAAACCCCUCACCAAACCGAGGCAGAAAGGGACGACGAGGAGGACGACGAGGAUGAGGAUGAGGCGAUUCUCUUUCGAAUCAGGUUUUCUAAAUCUGAUCCUAUGGAACUGGAACUGCGUGAUUAUCAGUGGAAAGUCAUUGGGCCUGCUUUGGAAGGAAAGAAUAUCAUCAUAUGGCUGCCAACAGGAGCUGGAAAGACCCGGGCAGCUGUCUAUGUCUGUAAGAGACACUUGGAGAGUCAAGAUAAGAACAAGGUGGUUGUGUUAGCCAACACAGUGCCUCUAGUUGACCAACAUCUGAAGAAUGAAUUCAGCUUCUUACAAAGUCAGUUCCGAAUUACAGCUCUUUGUGGUGAUAGGAUCCAGAAGAUAUUCUUCUCAGAAAUGGUAAAGUGCCAUGACUUGAUAAUCUGCACACCCCAAAUCCUGUAUAAUGCCCUCACCCACCAAGAAGAGGAAAUGCGUGUGGAGCUGACUGAUUUCUCUUUACUGGUGAUUGAUGAGUGUCACCACACUCACAAAGGGACUGUUUACAACAAGAUUAUGGAGGACUACUUGGACCGCAAGCUGAAAGGCCAACAGGGCUUACCUCAGAUUUUGGGACUCACAGCUUCUCUAGGUACAGGAAGUACAAAUUCCCUGGAAGCAGCCAAGAACCACAUCCUGGAGAUCUGCGCUAACCUGGACACUGAAAAAAUUAUGUCACCUGAUAAACAUAAGCCCUCUCUUGAUAUUCAUGUUCCAUGCCCCAAGAAACAGUAUGAUCUGUCGGAACCAAGGUUGCAGGACCCAUUUGGAGAAAAGCUCAAGGAGAUAAUGACCCAGAUCUAUAGUUACCUAAAUAUGCCCAAUAUGACUACAGACUUUGGUACCAAGUUAUUUGAGCAGCAGAUUGUGGAGCUUGAAAAGGAAGGAGCAAAAGAAUUUUGCCAAAAAACCCGAGUUUGUGCCCUGCAUCUUCGGAAAUACAAUGAUGCCCUGCUGACCAAUGAAACUGUGCGCAUGAUUGAUGCCUUCAAUAUUCUAGAUAAGUUUUACCAACUAGAAUGUGCUACUAAGAUGUUAACACAAACAAGCGAGAAAUAUCUGGUCCAGAUCUUUAAUGAGAACAGGUUGUCUCUUCUGGCUCUUGCUGAAGAUAGUCACUAUGAGAAUCCCAAACUUAGCAAGCUGCAACAAGUCCUCCGAGACCAAUUCCAAGAACUGAAGAGCUCACGGGGCAUUGUGUUCACCCGGACACGCCAGAGUGCCUAUUCGCUGCAUCAGUGGGUACUGGAUAACCAGGCUUUGUGUAAACUUGGGAUCAAGACCGAUGUCCUAAUUGGGGCUAGCUCCAGCAACCAGACAACGCACAUGACACAGCAAGAACAACAAGAUGUUAUCCAUCGUUUCCGAAAGGGGGCACUCAAUCUUCUCUUUUCCACCAGCGUGGCUGAGGAGGGGCUGGACAUCCCUGAGUGUAAUAUCGUAGUCCGCUAUGGGCUGAUGACAAAUGAAAUUGCCAUGAUGCAGGCCAGGGGCCGCGCCCGUGCCCCAAAUAGCAUCUGUUCCAUUUUGGCCAAGACUAACAGCAAGGAGGUGGCCCGUGAGAGGCUUAAUGAAACUUUGGAGACCCUAAUGGAGAGCGCCAUCACAUGGGUGCAGGAGUUGCCUGAGAAAGAAUACCACCUAAAGAUUGUGAAGUUGCAGCAUGAAGCCAUGAUCAGCCGGAAAUUGCGGGACGCCAAAUGUGAGAAGCAACGGCAGCUACACGAUCCAGACAGUGUACGUCUCUGCUGCCUCAACUGCAACAUGGCUGUCUGCCAUGGCAGUGACCUGCGCAAAGUAGAGAAUAUGCACCAUGUCAACAUCAGUUCCAACUUCAGCCUGUAUUACAAAACGUCACUCAACCAUGUGUCGAUUGCCCGCGAGUUCAAAGACUGGAAACCAGGGAGCUCCAUCAGUUGUAAUAAAUGUGGGCAGGCUUGGGGAAUGGAAAUGAUCUACCGGGAUUUCACACUUCCAGUGUUGGCCAUUAAAAAUUUUGUGGUGGAAACCCCAGAUGGCCGCCAGACACCCAGCAAAUGGAGCAAAGUCACUUUUGAGAUCAAGGCUUUUGAUUAUACUGAAUAUUGUAAUACUAAUUUCUGGGUGGAUAUGUAAGACUUGGAGAAUGAGUGGAAAAUAUGACCAUUAAAUGUGCCCCUUUUGAUUAACAAAAGUAGUCUUGUACAUCUUCCUUAUCUAGUGAAAAUGAGCAAACCCAUUGAAUUUACGCUGUCUCGUUGAUUCAAAUUACUUUGAAGUGGACCUGCUGAUCCUCUUCACUGAUGCCAACCUGAAUGCUGGGGGCCUCUUUCCACUUUAAAUGCAUGUGUGUGCUGACUUGCCCCAAAACAAGUGUUUGCAAUGGAUGAAGGUACCCGGCUGCAUAAUCAUUCUUCUCAUAUUAAAAAUCUGAAUUGACUUGUGAACGUGACAUGGCAUCCUCUUUGCAACUAGGGAUUUUCUGAAUGCCUUGAACAUGGUUGUAGUUUGCAGCAGUGACUGAAACAAGGAAGAGGGUAUGGUAAGUUCCAAACAAAAUUCAUGCUUUUUAGGUUGCAAGUAUUGUAACUCAUUCUGGAGCAUUUCCACAUCAUAAUUGGAGUAAUCCAACCUUCAUCCCUUACCCAAGAAAUUUAAAAGUCCAGGUAGCUAGUGCUUUGCAUGCCUGCUUUCUCCUCCAGGAUGAAACAGAUAAAACUCGUUAAUUUCUCUCCUACUAAGUAUUUCCCUUAAAGAUUGGCUGAAACUCUGCAGCCUGGAGGAAGGAUGGGAAGUAUUGCCACAAUAGGGAAAUUAGUUGCCCUCAACCUUGUCAGAACCUAACUGUUGUCAAGAGAUGAGAAGAAAAUCCAUCUGGUUGUGUUGUACUGAAACUGGUCCAAAAAUCAGCUCAGCUAAGGAAGGGGGGGGGGGGUCAAAGCCAGAGCUGCUUUUGAGUACUCUAUGUGUGGAAAUGCCCUCAGAGCCAUAAACAGACUACAGUACUAUGAGCUUACUGGAAGGAGGAAGAGAUGAACCAGAAGUUGGCUGAGGUCCUGAUUUUGAAGAUCAGUUUAAGAGUAAAGGAUGUUCAGAGAAUGAGGAGGAAGAGAAGGUCCACACAGAGCAGCUUCAUGUAAAUGUAAACUGUCUACUUGGAUUUCAAAUAGAGGCCAGUCAUCUUGUAAUACGUGACAGAUUUCCUGUGAAAAUAAUGUUAUAUUUUGGGAAUAUUAAAGUGUAUGUAAGGGAGGAAGGCGUGUAACACAUAUUUCCCCAUCUCUCACACCUAACUGCAUGUUCUGCUACUCAGUGCUUGGUUUCUAAAGUAGGUAUUGCAAAACUUCAAUCCUGUCUGGAGGAUCACUGAAUUUUU